AUGUACACGGAGCUGACAGAAGAGGCGUUUAAAAGCAGCGUGGGAGAAGUGGUUCUGCUGGGAGAAGUGGGGAUUGAGGAAGAAGACAUAUUCCUAAAGGGCUCGGACGGGUACAAACUCCUGCUUGAGUUUGAAGAAGAAGACGACCCAAUGCGGCACCGCCUGUCUGAGUACGAGGGGGAAACCGUGAUUAUAUACGGCGCUGUGCAGAGCAGCAAGCUGAAGGUGCUUGGGCACAGCUCGUUCAAGACGCCAAUAAACAUGGAGCUGUUUAGGAAGGCGCGGUGCGAAAUGGAGAAGCACGAAGACUUCUUUUCGCAGGAGACAAAAAAGUAG